GUUUGUUGCGCCUGGACAUGCCGGAUUCCGGAGACGGAGAAUCUACCUCACCAAAUCAGCCGUGCCAACCGCUGGUAGCGAUUGCUCUUGUGGCCCCAAUGACAGUCAGUCCAGCACCCACGGCAGUGCAACAACUCUGAACAAGGGUCCUUGUGAAGUACCAAUGUCUCCUUACCAGCUGCAACCACCAGCAUCGGCGAAGACGCCUGUAACGACACCGGCACCUGCCCAGCAGCAGCCCGUCGGGUCAGAGCUUUGGAAGCGCGACAUCGAAGGACCCUUUCGGCGGCUUGACCCGAACCCGGACUCCUUCGAGCUGGCCCGCCUUGCCCUUUGUGCCAUCACCAUUGUCCCCGUGCGCGUGGCGCUCAUCGCGGUGUUCCUUUCGAGCUAUUACGUCCUCGCCCUGUCCUUCAUGACGGUCGCUCCUGAUCGGCCCUGGGCACAUGCGAUCAGCAUCUUCUGCGUUCGAUGGGCGUCGCGUUUCCUGCUGCUGCUCCUCGGCUACUGGACCGUGGACGUCAAAGGGAUGGAGGAGAAUGCGGGGCGAAGGGGGCAACCGCGAGUGUUCGUGUCAAACCACAUCAGCUUCAUCGAAGUGCUCGUCUUCUUGCAUCAGCUCGGGCCGUCGUUCGUCAUGAAACGAACCUGCCUGCAAGUCCCGCUCAUCGGAGGCAUCGCCGCCCGAAUCGUGGACUGUGUUCCGGUGGACAACAAGGGCGGGAAGGCGGGUGGGAGCGGUUCGCAAGCGAUCGCCACUCGCCUGUUGCGCAUGUUCGGCAAGGAGGCCCUCGCGAAUGGGGGCAUCUUCCCCACAGCCGCCUUGCAGCAGCAGGAGCCGGCGCCGGAAGGGGAAUUGCUGUCGUCCAACAGGGACGGCGCCGCGAAGUCGAAGCCAACGGUAGCCGAGGAGAACUGGGCGAGAGGGUGGAGGGGCAAUCCCCUGCUCCUGUUCCCGGAGGGCACCACCUCCAACGGCAGCUGCCUGCUGCGCUUCAAGACGGGCGUGUUCGCGGGCGGCGUGCCCGUUCACCCGGUGACGGUCAAGUACGAGGCCCGCCGGUUCUCCCCGGCUUUCGAAAGCAUCUACUUCCCCGUGCACGCCUUCCGCUCGCUCGCGGAACCGGCGCACCACGUAACCGUGGAGUACCUUCCCUGCUUCGUUCCCACGCCGGAGCAGAGGGCCGACCGGACGCUGUACGCUAAGGCCGUGCAGCGGAUCUUCUGCGAGGCCAUGGACCUACCGGCCGUGGAGGCUGGUUACGCGGAGAAGACGCUGUACCAUACCUACCUGCGGAAGCAGUUCCAGGGGCACCCGUGGGGCCGCCUGGCGCUCCUGCUCCCGGCUCCCGACCGCCACAAGGCCAAGCUCCUGGGAAGCAGCGCUGGAUGCCGAGCGGGGGAGGGCGGCGGCCGGGGGCCUUCGGCCGAGGGCAAGGAUGGUGGUGGUGGCGAUGUGGGGCAUGAAGCGGCAUGUGCUGCGGCGGUAGGCCCGGAUGAUAGCAGUAUAGGGGAUGGCGUCGGCGGGCAGAGCUCAAUACGAAGACGCACGGGGAAGGCUGUGGUGUCUUGAGAUGGCUGUACGCACGUAGUUUUUUCAGAAGGUAUAGACUGGUACCGUAAACUUCGUUUACGGUCGUGCCGUACCGUGUGGGGUUUGGCCGUGAAUUGGUAGAGGUAGAGCGGGGGGUUUCCACCGUCUUGGUGGACAAGGUUUGGUAGACUCGUUUUCUCAGGUAGUUGUGGAAACAAAGCCCAGCGUGCGACGAAAGUUUCGAUCUUGAUGAAGGUUUGCGACAAGCGGUCGCACAGUUGUGAGCUGUUGCUUUGUACCUUGUGUUUAACCCAUCGUGGGAAACGUUUCUUUGCAGAGUUGGAGCUUGGCACUCGGCCCUUUCAUUCUGUCUCACGCCUGGGUGGAUGUCAACUUUGCGCAGAUUCUGGCUUAGCAACUUGGUCCUUUGUGUCGCUCGACGUGGCCUACUUGACGCUUUGCCUGUGGUCCUGUUGUUUGUCGCUCUCUCCUACUUGUUUUUUUUCGCUGCAGAGAGGUGAGAUAGAAAUGAUGGUGAAAACCGCGGAUUGGCGUGCUGUUUUCGUCUCGUGUUGAUAUUUCGAGCUGACAAGCAUGAGUGGAUGAGAUUUGCAGAAUCUCGCAACAAUAGCCCUAGUCGUCCGCAUUGCCUUGCGAGGAAUGGUCUUGUACCUCAAGGUGAUUUGCCGUGUUCUUUCCUAGUGCUUGUCAUAUUUUUUAGUGAGUGUUCGAUGGCACCUCCGAUAUGUGUGUAUCCACAAGUUUAUGCUUCCUGUAGCGGCGGCGUGAACAAUCAUUCCGAGCGUCCGGUUCGAACGUCAGUAACCGUGUACUUUUGCUCAUUUGUUUUGGGUGGUGUUGACGCUGGUCUCGAUCAGAUGUGAUGUCGUGAGAAAGAUACAGGAUCGUAAUUGCCGUGACAGGUCGAUUUGAGGUUAACGACAUGGAUGGUCAAUUCGAGGUUAACUACAAGUUUUUU